AUGAUAUCAUCCUUGAAUCAAGUGUGCAGGCAGUGCAGAGGCCUCUUUGAGCAUGCGGCCCAUCUCCUCACUUCCGAGUCAGAAGAUGGCAACAUAUCAGAUGAUGUUGCAAUAGAGUUCACCGAGGAACACCAUUCACUAUUAAUUGCAAACAACAAUGCAAAAUCCUGCCACAUGUGCUCACUGAUCGCUCACGUCUUCCCCCACAUCUUGAAUGCGUAUGACCCCCAUAGCCCUAUCCAAUGGGUGAUGUGGGGAGACAAAGACGAUCAGCUGCUUGAUCUUGGCUUUCAGAUACGCAAAUACGAUUUUAUCCAAGAUCUACGGAUUCAGAUCAGUGCCAAAGCAGCCGUGAGCUUGCAUCAUACUCCAAUUACUUGGUCUUUUGAAGCUCUACAAACAGUUCAAGUAUGGAUGCAGAAUUGUGCCUCGACCACAACCACCCACAGGCAGUGCGAAAGGCCUACGAUAAAGAGACAGCUGCCGCUAAGACUGGUAGAUGUGAUGCCAGAUAGGCCACCUCAAAUUCACUCUGAUGGUGGACUCACACGCAAUGAAUUCCAAGCAUUGGAUAUCGAUAUAGCACCACCCGUACGAAUCAUUUCUACCAAAUCUCUUCCGCUGGAUAUACGAUACAUGACACUGAGUCACCGAUGGGGCAAUUCCCCAAGCAUUAUACUCAACUCGACGACGGUGUCGACUCUUUUGAACAGCAAUAUCCCGUCGGAGCAACUCGAAUCUUCCAAUGCAAAGCUCUUCAGGCAUGCGAUGUACGUCACUAGGUGUCUGGGAAUUCGCUAUCUCUGGAUAGACUCGAUGUGCAUCAUGCAAGAUGACGAUUCCGAGAAAGCAAAAGAGAUUGCUCUAAUGGGAGAGAUCUACUACAACUCGUCGCUCAACAUAUCGGCUACUGAUUCCACCAGCGGAGCAGACGGGUUAAUAUUCAACAGAGAUGUCUUGAAGACUUCUCCAUGUCAACUCAGUGUGCAACUUCCAGGAGUCAAUGAAACUCUUGACCUGAUUGCUUUCCACAAUAAAAUACUGGUCGAGUCCGACGAAGACAUCCGACCCGAGGGGGAGCCCAUAGAUCCGACCUCUGCUGGCGAUAUGAGAGGCAUACUGAGCGCCUCUUAUUCAGCUGCUUUACCAGAUGAUACGAUGAAUGCUCUUUGGUAUGACGUCGUGCGCCAAUAUUCUGCAACGUCCUUGAGCUUCUCUGGAGAUCGACUACUUGCAGUGUCGGCCCUUGCUGAAAGAUAUUCGAUCCUCAGUUUGCAGUCGCCAGAUGAAUACGUCGCAGGCAUAUGGAUGGCGCAUCUCCCACUGGCUCUAGUUUGGCGCAGGAUUCCCCGGACAGAAGCCCCAUCGAUGUCAUUGCAGAACAUGGAUCAGGAACAAAUCGCACCAACAUGGUCAUGGGCCGCUUUAACGUGUGCCGUCGAGUCUGCCGAUAUGGAUUACUUGCACCCAAAUAUAGCAGUGGUGGAAUUGGGCGGUAUUCAGCGAAGAUCUGCUAGUCCGUUCGAUGGAGUCACAAGUUGUUGGCUACGUGUUCGAGGCCAUAUGUGCAAAGUUGAGCAGGGCGCUGAAACUGCUAGCAUUGAAAUGGUUUGGGAUAAGCCUGCGGCAGAUGAUGGGGGCUGUGCUUCCAGAUUAUUCUUGCUAUAUGUUGCCUAUCGCUCCUUUAAAAGUCGAAGAGAUAUGAGAGGCUUGGUGCUUCAAAGAACGAACAAACGAGGCCAGUAUAUUCGAUUAGGCGCUUUUUCAACGAGCAACUUUGACAUUGAAGGGACGUAUAUAGGAGAAGCGUUCACGGGAAACACACAUAACCUCGAAGAGGAGGAUUUCUUGGAGUUUACAAAGAGUCAAGGAUACACUGUCGAGAUAAUAUAG